AUGGCUGUAUCCCUCAGCCCUCUGUCUGAGUCCAAGGCAGAAAGGAACAUCUUAGAGGUUGAUCAGCAGUCGCGUUCCCAAGAGGUUGAUCAGCAGUCGCAUUCCCAACCAGCAGUGAGUGAACAGCAGUACCAAGAUCCCAAAGAGAAAUUUCCUGCAUUGGAGGCUACUGCCUCCUCCCUGGCCAUCCAGCUGCAGAAAUCCAAACGUGAGGGCAAAGAUAUCAUUGGAUCCAUGCUGGGGGAGAAGCUGCAGAUUGGGGAAGAGCUGCUGGCAGAGAGAACCUCGUUGGCUGAGAGGCUGAGAGAAUGCAAUAUUGUAAUUCAAUCUCAAGAUGAAGAGAUGACCCUGUUAAGGGAACAGUUACAGGAAGGGAAAUGUAUCUCUUUACUACUCCUUCGACAUCUCAGGGGCCUCCUCAACAAUAACAACCACCAGAGGCAGGACUUCCAAGAACAACUGGCUGAGGGGCACAGGCUGGCAGAGUGCCUUGCCUGCAUGCUCAGCCCAGAAGUCCAGGAAACUGAGGAGGAUCGAACUGAAGAAGAACCACCAGCCCCCAGUGGCGUACAGAAGGAGAAUGUGAAUGAAGUCUUGCAGGACUCAUCUGAUGAAGGCUGUGAGACUUCCUCCAGGCUCCACGACCCGUCUGAAUCCCAGCAGCCUCCCUGCAGCACCACCUUGUCGGAUGAGCAGGAUGUCUCUGCUCCGUGUGUAGCCAGGGAGGACCCCAGUUACAAAGAGAAUCCAUCGCUCUGA